UACACUUAAGACUACGACCUCUUCUCUGACACGUGUCACGAUCCCGUUGACUCACCUACCGCGUGGUCUUUUAUAAAAACUCGAAUCAUCUUCUCCGCUUCUCUUCUUCUCCUCAAAAGAUCCUGCAACUUUCAAAAACCCUAGAUUCACCAAAAGGUGACUUGCUUCCCAAUUCUCUCCGGCGAUAUUCUCCUAGUAAAAUUCGCGUCACGAAAUCGAAUCAGUCAUCUGUUUUCAAUCUUUCAACUGUAUUUGCCUUGAUAGCAUCGAUAGAGUUUGUAAAGUUGAAUCCUUUUGACACUACUUAACAGGUAAGAUGAACGCACAAGAGUUGAGAGCACCACGUGGCAUUCUUCGGAGAAAAGCUUCGAUUGAUCUUAAUGAGGCGCCCGGAGAUCAAGAAGGGAACUCUGCUUCCGUAGACGCAGCUCCUACGGUGAUUAUUGGUGGUAACCUUCAAGCGAGGUUUUUACCUUCUCAGCCUGUUCCGGCAAUGAUCGAUGUCGAUGCUAUUGAAGAUGAUGUUGUUGAGUCAUCCGCUAGUGAUUUUGCUGAAGCUAUAAGAAAAUUAACAGGUUCACGCCGGAGGCGUUUGACGGUUGGUGUAGAGUCAGGUGGUACGAUUAGAUUGUCUCCCAACAAACGCAGAAGGGUUCCUCCUAAUCAACCUGUCAUCGACUGUGAGAAUGUCCCCGACACCUCAAAGGCUCCAGCUCCGGCUCCUCCUCCGCCAGAGGAGCCUAAAUUCUCAUGUCCAAUUUGUAUGUGUCCGUUUACUGAGGAGAUGUCAACCAAAUGCGGCCACAUCUUCUGCAAGGGAUGUAUAAAGAUGGCGAUAUCUAAGCAAGGCAAGUGCCCUACUUGUAGGAAAAAGGUGACUGCGAGAGAGCUGAUUCGAGUAUUCCUUCCAACCACCAGAUGAUUUUGGUACAUCGACAUUACCAAUCAUCACCUUGUUUAAUUGUUUGUCAGACUUCAUCGCGUUGGAACAUGGAAGGGACAUUGUUUGAAUGUUUCACUUUGUUGGAAGACAAAGUUGAUUAUUCAAGAAGGCCCUGUCAUUUAGUUGGAUAUGAUUGGUAAUGUCAAUUUAUAAGCAACUCUUUGUUUCCUAGUUGCUGCUGUCUUAUGUAAUAUAGGUCUCUGCAAACCUCUCAGGCAAUGCCUCUCUGUUAUAGAUGAAAAUUAUACAUGGGAAAACUUUAUAAUA